AUGGACCACAUCCUGUACCCGCCGCCCCCCUCCCUCAGGAAGUGCAGUAACCCUGAGCUGACUCUUGGAUUAUUAAGUCCCGCUCUCAAGUUCAAGCAACACCUGAGCGAGGAUGGAAAGUACGUCCGCAGGAGGAGCCUCGGCGGCGGUCUCACAGGAAAAUACCUCCAGCUGCCGCACAGCCUGCCGCAGACGCAGACGACCCUGCAGCCGCCGUCCGACACGUCAAACCUCAUUCGGAUGCGUUCGCUGAACCUGGGAAAGUCGGACCCCUCCCUCACCUCCAGUUUGAAGGAGCUGAGUCUUCCCAGAAGAGGCAGUUUCCUCACUCCCAGAAGCUUGAGCCCCACUCCCACUAGCCCCUGCAGCCCGUGCAGCCCGCUGCACGCCUUCCAUUUCUGGAGCUGCAGGACCAGCAACAGGAAGAGCCUGAUUGGAAGCGGCCAGUCGUCCGGUCUGACGCGACCUCACUCCCCUCUGUCGUCUCUCACAGGAACGAGCCCACAGGACAGCCCUCGAAACUUCUCCCCCAGUGCCUCUGCUCACUUCUCGUUUGCACGAAGUCACUGCCACAGAGCAGACAGGACCGAUGGCCGCCGCUGGUCUUUGGCCUCCCUUCCCUCCUCUGGAUAUGGAACCAACACCCCCAGUUCCACGAUUUCUUCAUCCUGUUCAUCACAGGAGAAGCUGCACCAGCUGCCCUACCAGCCCACCCCCGAUGAGCUGCACUUCCUCUCCAAGCAUUUCUGCACCGAGAGCAUCUCCGGGGACGAGUGCCGCAGAGCGACCGCCAUGCGACCACGCUCCCGCAGCCUCAGCCCUGGAAGAUCGCCGUCCUGCUACGACCACGAGAUCAUCAUGAUGAAUCACGUCUACAAGGAGCGGUUCCCGAAGGCCACGGCUCAGAUGGAGGAGAAGAUUCAGGAGAUCAUCCGCAGCAACUCUCCAGAGAGCGUCCCGCCUCUGGCGGACGGCGUGCUGGGCUUCGCCCACCAUCAGAUCAUCGAGCUGGCCCGCGACUGUCUGGAGAAGAGUCGGCUCGGACACGUCACGUCCAGCUACUUCUGUGAGCUCACAGACAAGCUGGAGAGGCUGGUUCAGGAGUCCACAGAGAGGUCAGAAAGCGAGGAGGUGAACUUCAUCAGAGAGCUGGCCAAGAAGAUCCUCAUCGUGAUCGCUCGACCGGCUCGGCUGCUGGAGUGUUUGGAGUUUGACCCGGAGGAGUUUUACCACCUCCUGGAGGCAGCUGAAGGACACGCCAAGGAGGGCCAGGGCAUCAAGACGGACAUCCCUCGGUACAUCAUCAGUCAGCUGGGGCUCACCAGAGACCCUCUGGAAGAAAUCGCCCAGCUGACCAGCUGUGACAGCGGCAUCGCUGAAACCCCAGAAACGGAUGAUUCUUCUCAGAGCAUCGGCACGGCGCUGCGAUCCCGGAGGAAACCCUGUGAGCUCGACUUUGAGAUGAUAAAACUCAUCAGUAACGGAGCCUACGGAGCUGUUUAUCUAGUGCGACACAAAGAAACCAAGCAGCGGUUUGCAAUGAAGAAGAUCAACAAGCAGAACCUGAUGCUGAGGAAUCAAAUACAGCAGGCCUUCGUGGAGAGGGACAUCCUGACCUUCGCCGAGAACCCGUUUGUCGUAUCCAUGUACUGCUCCUUCGAGACGCGCCGGCACCUGUGCAUGGUGAUGGAGUACGUGGAAGGUGGAGACUGUGCCACCCUGCUGAAGAACAUGGGCCCGCUGCCUGUGGACAUGGCCCGCAUGUACUUUGCAGAAACCGUCCUGGCUUUGGAGUAUCUCCACAACUACGGCAUCGUCCACAGGGAUCUCAAACCUGACAAUCUGCUGGUGACCUCGAUGGGACACAUCAAGCUGACAGAUUUCGGUCUCUCCAAAGUCGGGCUGAUGAACAUGACCACCAACCUGUACGAGGGACACAUCGAGAAAGACGCCAGAGAGUUCUCCGACAAGCAGGUGUGUGGAACCCCGGAGUACAUCGCUCCUGAGGUCAUCCUCAGACAAGGCUACGGGAAGCCGGUGGACUGGUGGGCCAUGGGAAUAAUCCUCUACGAGUUCCUCGUUGGCUGCGUGCCGUUUUUUGGAGACACUCCGGAGGAGCUGUUUGGACAAGUCAUCAGCGAUGAGAUAAACUGGCCCGAGGGCGAGGAGGCGCCCCCUCUGGACGCUCAGGAGCUCGUCACCUUGCUGCUGAGGCAGAGCCCUCUGGAGAGGCUGGGAACAGGUGGCGCUGCUGAAGUGAAGCAGCAUCAGUUUUUCCACAACCUGGACUGGAACGGGCUCCUGAGGCAGAAGGCCGAGUUCAUUCCCCAGCUGGAGUCUGAGGACGACACCAGCUACUUUGACACUCGCUCUGAGCGGUACCACCACCUGGAGACGGAGGAGGACGACACGAACGAUGAGGACUUCAGCGUGGACCUGCGGCAGUUCUCCUCCUGCUCCCACAGAUUCUCUAAGGUUUACAGCAGCCUGGAUUUGUCCCGCGGACACCUGGAGGAGAAGGGGGAGGCGGAGGAGAAGAAGAGCGAGAGCCCCCUGACGGUGGACUCCCUCAGCUGGACGCCAGACUUCGCUGACAUGCCGUCGCUGUCCCACUCCACCGACUCGGACGGCCUGAACCACGGCCCCCGCUCCGGUCUGCUGCCCAAGUUUGCCAUCUCCGCCGAGAGCGAAGGGGACGACACCUCGGGGCUGGGGGGCCCCAGCAAGGCCUCCUUCUCCGUCGGGGAGCUGCCCCAGGACGAGGUGGACGCCAUCACGCCCGGCAGCAGCCACAGCGGGGCCACGCUGUCAGGAAGUUUCUCUGAACAUCUGGAUCAGCUGACGCCCAGAGGUGAAGACGCCGUGAGCCCCGACAGCACGAGUCCCGCCUCCACAGAUCAGGCCACGCCUCCACGCGUAGAGAGCGCAGCCGCAGAGAAAACGUCGGCUGUGGCGAAACUCCCCAAGUCUGUGUCGACCGGCGCGUUGUCUCUGAUGAUCCCUGCAGACGUCUUCGCCGUGUCUCCUUUGGCCAGCCCUCUCUCUCCGUACUCCCUCUCCUCGGACCCGUCCUCCAGAGACUCCUCCCCCAGCAGAGACUCCUCCCUCUUCAGCGCCAACCCGCGCCAGCCCGUCGUCAUCCACAGCUCCGGGAAGAAGUUCGGCUUCACGCUGAGGGCCAUCCGGGUGUACGCCUGCGACAGCGACAUGUACACCGUCUACCACAUGGUCUGGAACGUGGAGGAGGGCGGCCCGGCCCAGAAAGCAGGACUGAAGGCCGGAGACCUGAUCACCCACGUGAACGGAGAGAGCGUCCACGGUCUGGUUCACACGGAAGUGGUGGAGCUGCUGCUGAAGAGCGGCAGCAAGGUGACCAUCUCCACCACCCCGUUUGAGAACACGUCCAUAAAGACCGGGCCGGCCCGCCGGAACAGCUACAGGAGCAAGAUGGUGAGGUGUGGGAAAAAGCCCAAGAAGGAGAAGACGCCGGAGAGGCGGCGUUCUCUUUUCAGGCGCUUUGCGAUGCAGCCGUCUCCUCUGCUGCACACCAGCCGCAGCUUCUCCUCCCUCAACCACUCCCUUUCCUCCGGUGAGAGUCUCCCUGGCUCCCCCACCCACAGCCUCUCCCCUCGCUCCCCCACCGCCGCCCUCCGCCCCGCACCAGACUUCACCCAGUCAGGUCCAUCUCCAAGACCACGCCGGCCUUCCCGGCCAAGAUCCACUCGCCCCCGACCAUCGUGCGCCACAUCGUCUGCCCCAAAAGCGCCGAGCCGCCGCGCUCCCCCCUCCUGAAGCGGGUCCAGUCUGAGGAGAAGCUGGCCCCCUCCUACACGGGGGACAAGAAGCACCUGUGCCCCCGGAAGCACAGCCUGGAGGUGACUCAGGAGGAGGUGCAGGACGAGGAGCUGAGGGACCACAGCGCCGACGAGACGUGCAGCGAGCCGCUGCCCGUGUCCCGCCUCCGGCCCGUGGAGCAGGGCUGCCUGAAGCGGCCCCCCAGCCGGAAAGUGGGUCGGCAGGAGUCGGUGGAGGAGCUGGACAAGGAGAAGCUCAAGAGUAAGAUGGUGGUGAAGAGACAGGACUGGUCCGAGCGGAGGGAGUCUCUGCAGAAGCAGGACGCCCUGCUGGAAUGUGACGCGCUGCCCCCCUGUGGCGAGGACAGGAGCGACGCCUUCCUGCUCCGGAACAAACCCAAACCCCAGAACCUACCAGAACCGAGCCCCGCCGACGCCAAACCCGCCGCCUCCACCCUGAAGGACGUGCUGUACAAGAAGCUGUCCUCGCGAGUGUCCGACGGCAUCGCCGAGGCUUCCAGCAGCAGCGACAGUGACGGCGGCCCCGCCCACCCCCGCCAGGUGAAGGACGCUCUGAAACCCGAGCGGCUGGACCUGAAGGCCCCCACCAUGGAGUUCACCAGGAAGAGGCUGUCCUUCGAGGAGCGCGACGACUGCAUGUGUCGGCUGUCGCCCGGCAUCCACGACAACCUCCACUUCGGCGCCAUGAGGUCCAAAAGCCUGCAGCUGGACGAGCACCUGAAGGGGGGGGCACACCCCACCCCCGAGGGUCUGAGUCCCAAACUCUUCUCCGGGAGGGGGGAGAGCGCCGUGGAGAAGCUGCAGCUCAUCUCCUCGGCAGAGUCGCAGCUCCGGAAGACGUCGUCGGAGUACAAGCUGGAGGGGCGCCACGUCUCCUCGCUCAAACCUCUGGAGGGAACUCUGGACAUCGGCCUCCUGUCGGGACCCCGAGUUCCCAAAACUGAAACGUUUUUCCCCAAAGUGACGGACAACUGCAGCGACUGUGUCGCCGCAACCUCCCCCGUUUGGCUGCAGAGCCCCACAGAGCGGCAGAAGAGCAUCGCCUCCCUGAGGAGCGCCGACAGGAUGAAGAACCUCGGCGCCGAGGUUGGACCUUCGGGAACCGGGUCGGCGGUUUCCAUGGAAACGGGAGCCGCAGAAGGAAAAAGCUCCGCCGAGAAACCCAGAGAGCCGCUGAAGGCUUCGACCUGCAAACCCGAGGUCUUCACCGCCAAGCAGGAGAGCAGGAGCGGCGCCAAGCCGGAGCACCGAGGCCCACGCCACGCCUCCCACUUCUCCUCCUGCGGGAGAACUCCCUCCAUCCGGGAGGUGAGCAACGAGGACCAGGAGGAGGAGGCCGAGCAGCAGGAGGAAGUGACAUCACAACUCACCAAAACAGGGAGUUCUGCAAAGCAGGAGGCAACGGCAGCUGAAGCAGAGAGGAAGAACUGCGCUCCGCGGGCAGAACCAAGCAGAACCUCCGGUUCCAAAGAUCCGGAGCGGGUCGUCGCUGCCGCAGCGUCAGAGAAAGAUCUGCUGCUGAACUCCGGCUCCACACAGCAGCAGCCGCACGUCCCGAACGCAGGACCCGCUUCUGAGCAGGACGGCCAAACCGCAACCUCUGCACAGAGCAACCGAGCGUCUGCUAGGACGCAACGGAACAUCGCAACGCAACCGAGCGACAACUCAGCUGCAGAAGAUGAGAGAGACGCCGUUUCACCCAACGAAGCCGUCAACACAUCAGAAAACACAGCAGCAAACCUGCAACUUACAGCAAAUGCAACCGUUUGCUGUUCAAGAGGGAAAUCCAGCCCUGAACCGCAACCUGCAACUCAAUUUACGAAGCAACCUGCGGUGCAACCCACAUCACCACUCGCAACACAAUCUGCAACCAAACUGAUGGCAAAACCUACAACACAACCCGCAGUUCAACCCACAUCCCCACUUUCAGCACAGCUUCAGUCAACAGUGCAACCUGCAACAAAACCUGCAACACAACACACAGUCCUACCCAUAUCACCACUUGCAACACAACCAGCAGCUCAACCCGCAACCAAACUAACAACACAAUCUGGAACACAAUUUACAACACAACCCACAGUGACACCUGCAGUUCAACCCACAUCCCCACUUUCAACACAAUCGGCAACGCAACUUGAAAUGCAACUAACAGUCCAACCUAAAACCAAAUUUACGACACGACCCAUAUCACAACUCGGAUCCGAACUUGCAACUCAAUUUUCAACCAAACUGAUGGAACAACCUGCAACACAACCUGCAGUUCAGCCCACAUCCCCACAAUUAAUACAACCUGCAGCACAACUUGGUGCACAACUUCAGGCAACAGUGCAACCUGACACAAAACUUUUAACAAAACCUGCAGCACAACACACAUUCCUAUCGCCAUUGGCAACACAACUUGAGACACAACCUGCAGCUCAACCCACAACAAAACCUACAACACAACCUGGAACACAAUUUGUAGCACAACCCAGAUCAACACUCGCAGCACAACCUGCAACACAACUUCAAAAGCAACUUGCAGUGCAACCUUUAACCCAAACUGCAGCUCCGUCUGCAACUCCGCCUGCAACUCCGUCUGCAGCUCCGCCUGCAUCUCCGUCUGCAACUCCGUCUGCAGCUCCGUCUGCAUCCUUGUCUGCAGCUCCGUCUGCAAGUCCGUCUGCAACUCCGUCUGCAGCUCCGCCUGCAUCCUCGUCUGCCGCUCCGUCUGCAUCCUCGUCUGCCGCUCCGUCUACAUCCUCGUCUGCCGCUCCAUCUGCAGCUCCGUCUGCAUCCCCGUCUGCAGCUCCGUCUGCAACCCCGUCUGCAGCUCUGUCUGCAACCCCGUCUGCAGCUCUGUCUGCAACCCCGUCUGCAGCUCUGUCUGCAACCCCGUCUGCAGCUCUGUCUGCAUCCCCGUCUGCAGCUGCUGCACCUUUAGAGGAGCGACUCAAAAGCAGCUCGAACCCAAAACAGCUCCAAGAACCUGCAGCCAUAAACCGACAACCAUCUCAUGGUGCAGAAGACAAAGCCGCCUUUCUGAAGCCGCACGACUCCGAGCAGCUGAAAGCUCCUGCAGCCGAGUCCAAAGCCAAAGCUCCGCCCCCUAAACCUCUGAAGGCCGCGGCUCCAACAGCAGCCUUCAGACCCAAAGACCUCUCACCCAAAAUCCAUCUGGACCCCAAACCUGCAGCACAGACGCCGCCCUGCGCCUCCCAGCCCGACCCGCAGAAACCUGCAGCGAAGAACUUCAAACCCGACGGCCAGAAGGUCCCAGAAACCAGAACCGGCGCCGACAGGCAGCCGCUGUCCAGCCGGAAGGAGCCGGCCGACAGGAAGAAGAAGGAGGAAGUCCCGCCUCCGCAGAAAAACGCUAAAAGAGAUUCAAACCGGGCGUCUCCGUCUGCCGACAAAGACAAAUGUCGGCAGCAGAAGGAGUCGCCGCGCAGCAACAGGAAGUGACAUCAGACCCAGUAAGGACACAUCGCAGCAUCACCGCGCUUUCUUUAGUUUUUGUUUCAGGACCGGGCAAGCUGUUCCACGCCGACGUCUGUGCUCUGAAUGUACCGUUCGUUUGUUUGGUUUCAGCCGAACUUUGUGCAAUCCGUGAUCAGCGGCUUCGAGCCCGGAAACCGGUGCCAUAAAAGAUUGAAGCGGAGGUCGGCGUCGACGCUCCGUCAUCUUAAAAAAAAAAAAAGAAAAUCCAGAUUUAAUCUAAAUCCGAAACGAGUGAAGGGGCCUUAGAUUCACGGGGAAUAAUUUGCUGACAUUCCUUUGACAUCUGUACAUAUGGAUUUUUAUGCAAUAUUGUGUAAAUAGUGAAAACACGGGGCUGACACGAUUGUCUUAUGUGAAGAUUCUGUGCUUGAAAAUGUUAAAAAGCUACGAGGAGAGGAAGAAGCUGGAGGGUGUUUCUGAAAAUGUAGCAUUAGAGGAACCUUUGAAUGUUUGCAGGCGGUUAAUCUGAGGAGGUAAAACGUUUGAGCAUCUCAUCCAUCACUUAAAUAUGAUGUCCGUGUGAAAUCCUCCAUACGAACCCCUGCUUGUGUCCCUUCCACCUCUCUGGGUUUUAGAGGCCUUGUUUUGAAGCCUGUAGUGUCAGCAGGAGGAGAAAAACUGGCUGUGAUGUUGGAGGUAACGACUGACUCGUCCGAACUGUGAGAACAGAAGCACCUUACGGAAACCCGGCGAUCAAAUCCUCGAAGCACAUCAGUGUUUGUUUACAAAGCAUCGUGGAUGUAUAUUUUGUAUAUUGUCGAGUUGCCAAAACCUGUGAGAUGACGUCGCUUCUAGCCGUGUUGCUCCGUUGGCCUCUGGGAUGUUCGUCUGUGCCGUGAUCGCUGUCCGCUCUCCGUUCUCUUCCUUCCUCUGUGCAAAACUAAAAGUGUUUCGAUGAACAUGGUUUGUCUUUUAGAAAAUGUGCAAUAAAAGUGUUCUGAGUUUUUGUAUUUUCCGAGAAGGAAAGCUCUAUGGAUGUCAUAGAUGUUGUAUAUUAACAGAUAUUUAUACUUAUGUUGCGUAAAACUGAAAAUAAAAUGAAAUUCUGAGAUUU